AUGGGUGCCUAUCUCUAUAGGCGGCCUAGCUCUAUGGGCGCCUAUUCUCUAGGGGCGCCUAUCUCUAGGGGCGCCUAUCUCUAUGGGCGCCUAUCUCUAGGGGCGCCUAUCUCUAUGUGCGCCUAUCUCUAUGUGCGCCUAUCUCUAGGGGCGCCUAUCUCUAUGGGCGUCUAUCUCAAGGGGCGCCUAUCUCUAGGGGCACCUAUCUCUUUGGGCGCCUAUCUCUAUGGGCGCCUCUCUUUAGGGGCGCCAAUCUCUAGAGGCGCCAUUCUCUAUGGGCGCCCAUCUCUAGGGGCGCCUACCUCUAGGGGCACCUAUCUAUAG